GGCUACUCCCUCCCUGGGUGCAGUGUGAGCAGCGACCUGCUGGGGCACCGCUCGCCCUCCAGCCGCGUGGGGGGGGCUGCUGCUGGUUUCCCUCGAGCUUCUCAUAGGGGGGCCGCGUCUUGUGAGAGGGGAGCCUCUGCCCAAAGCCUCGUGCCUGUGCCUUGCCCCGGGCUUCAUGGAGCUGAGUGGAAGCUGGGAGGGUGUGGGAAACUGCAGGUCGCUAGGGAUUUUGUGGAGUAAUGUGGAAGAAAGCUUGCCCGGUUCUGGUUACUGCUUUACCUUGAAAGGCAGACAAGUAGGGACUUGGAGGAGGAGAUGCUGUUUGAUCAUCUCUGAAUAGACAAAUGCCGUAAAUGUCUGUAGCAGUGCAGAGUAUCCUCAGUGCUGUGAAGAAGCCUUGUCCCUUUCCUUUUUAGGUGGUAAAUGCUACAAAGAGUUGGAAGUUAGGGUGGUCGGGGAGGGGAGGUGCAUAUUACUUCUGCUAUCCUGUUUCCUUUCAGUUUAAAUUUGUUGCUUUUUUGCAAAUAUUUUUGUGUCCCAAGUGAUACAAGGUGGGGGGGUCUUAAAGAACUAGACUAGCAGCAGGGCUAGCAGAACUUGACUUGUGUCAGCUCAGGAAAAGGCUAUGUUCAGGGUGUGGCAUGGUGGGGAAGAGUGCAGAUGGUCCCCAGGAGAAUCGAAUUAAUGCAUCAGGGCUGGCUCAGGAGUGGCGGUGGGAGCUUCUGAUCUGGAAAACUAACCACUUAGAGGUCCUUAGUUCACUGGCUUUGAAGUCUUCCCAAAAAAAUACGGAGCGAGGAAACUAAGCUGCUAAAGGCUGUCUGAAUUGCUAGUAGGAUUUUGCAGUCUUUCUCUUAAUCUUCAUGGUGUAUUUGAGUGACAUCUUUCAGACUUGAUGCAUUUGUCACACCACCAUAGGAUGUCUAUCAAGUGAGCAACAGUCUUUCAAGGUAGUUCUUUGCCUUCUGUAUGGUGGAAAAGUCCAUACACCAUUCUCUCUUAGUGACUUGGAACUAAGUACAGUUUUCAGAUGUGCCUAAUGACUCAUGGACUCUCGGUUGUAGAAGUUAGUCAAACAAAUGUCUGAAUACCAAAGGGAAUUGGAAAUUCGGUUUCAACUUCACACUACUGUGAUGGUGUAUCAAACGAGAAGACUUGGUCUUCAGAAGAACAUACUUACAAGUUGAAUUUCAAACAUUGGGUUUGAGUGGGACAAACUUUUGGAGAAUGUGCAUUGUUUGAUCAUAAGUGUGACAAAAACUGACAAGCAGGAAGCUUAUGUACUCAGUGAGAGUAGCAUGUUUGUCUCCAAGAGACGUUUCAUUUUGAAGACAUGUGGUACCACCCUCUUACUGCAAGCACUGGUUCCCCUUUUGGAGCUUGCCAGAAAGCACAGUGGGUUUGACUCCAUUCAGAGCUUCUUUUAUUCACGUAAGAAUUUUAUGAAGCCUUCCCACCAGGAGUACCCACAUAGGAAUUUCCAGGAAGAAGUAGAGUUCCUUAAUGAAAUUUUCCCAAAUGGAGCAGCUUAUUGCAUGGGGCGUAUGAAUUCUGAUUGCUGGUACUUGUACACUCUGGACUUCCCAGAGAAUCGGGUAAUCAAUCAGCCAGAUCAGACACUGGAAAUUCUGAUGAGUGAGCUUGAUCCAGUAGUUAUGGACCAGUUCUACAUGAAAGAUGGUGUUACUGCAAAUGAUGUCACUCGUAUGAGUGGAAUUCGUGACCUGAUACCAGGUUCUGUCAUUGAUGCUACAAUGUUCAAUCCUUGUGGGUAUUCAAUGAAUGGGAUGAAAUCAGAUGGAACUUAUUGGACUAUUCACAUCACUCCAGAACCAGAGUUUUCUUACGUUAGUUUCGAAACCAACAUAAGUCAGACAUCCUAUGAUGAUCUAAUUAGAAAAGUUGUGGAUGUAUUCAAGCCGGGGAAAUUUGUGACCACCCUCUUUGUUAAUCAGAGCUCUAAAUGUCGUACUGUGUCGUCUUCUGCCCAGAAGAUUGACGGGUUUAAAAUUCUUGACCGCCAGAUUGCUCAGUUCAGUGAUUAUAAUUUUGUUUUUACAAGUUUUGCCAAAAAUCGGCAGCAACAGCAUAGCUGAUUAAGAAUGAAGAAAAAACGCAAAAAGAGAUCCCGUAUAGAAGGUGGUGGCUGCUUUCUAGAUAAUGAUUCAGGGGGCCAUGCUUUCCAUUCCCACCAUCUUGUAGUUGCGGAAAGCCCUAGAUGUAAUCAUAGUAUAAUCAUUUUGAAUUGUAUGCAUUAUUAUAUCAAGAAAUUAGAUAACUUGCAUGAAUGCUCUCUUCUGUGUUUAGGUAUUCUAUGCCACUCUUGCUGUGAAAUUGAAGUGCAUGUAGAGAAAUCUUACUAUAUGAGACAUUACAACACUUGGAAAAAUGAUUCAAAUAGGAUUAUGCGCAAUACAGUUUUCCUCCAGGUAUCGCCAAAAAUUCCCCACAGACAAGGCUUUCGUCCUCAUUAGACUUUGGCCUCAGCCUACUCAGUGGGACAGUUCUUUGUUAAUUUGCCACCAGGUACUCUUCAUCUGUGCUCUAAUACCAGUUUCUAGGCCACACUUCUUGAUUUUAAUUUUUUAUUAUUAUUUAUUUAUUUUUUAACCAGUAUGCUCUCUAAUGGAGCUGACUUCUAGUUCACACUUCAGUGUUUGAAGCAAAGUUCCUUCACCUGAUACAGUUAAGAAAGACAGAAUACAGAGUACUACAGGUGUUGGUGGAUUUUCUUUUGAGGCAUAAAAUUGCUUAUACUUUUAGUCCUCAAACUCAUGGGAUUUUGUUCAGAAUGACUAAUGGACAAUAUAUAGCAACACUGGAUUAAUGCACUAGCUGUUCAUUUCUAGAAACCUGAGUUGACAUUAAAUUCAGGUCAUGAUUUGACAACCUCCUUUGUCCUUUUUUUAUGCCAAAGUUGACACUUGUCCGUGUUUCCAAACCACCACACUUAUACAUAUGGCAACCUAUACUCCCAAAGAGGUCAGAGUUAGAAUACAGGUGCUUUGGUAGAGUUGUAACAGUUUUGUACAAAGUACUAGUUCAGUCAUGAUUCAUUGCUUAUUUUCACUUCUGUAAUUGUCAAUUUUAAGCCAUCUUUAAGAUUGACUUCCUAAGAAGCUGAUGCUGUUAAAUCUACCCAUAGGUAGAACCUAGCAAAAAGAUAGUGGAAUUUACCAGGCUGGGUAUGUUGCUCAGUUUGGAUUUAUUAAUAAUUACUACAUUAAUUGCCAUUUCUAACUAAAGAAUGCUUCUAAACUGGUCCAAAUGUCCCUUCACUUUGUUCCAAGCAAAAUCAAUGCCUCUUGUGACUGAAAGUCCUGUAACAUUGUUGUGCAUGUGACUUAUGCUGUAUUGAUGGUGUUGUGACUUCAUCUGUUCCUCCUAAUUAAUGAGGUGAUUUCUUUUACUAUGACUUGAGGGCAUUAAGUAAAUUACUGCAUAGAACAAGAGCUGUCUGGGACACCUGCACAGACAGUGAGGUAGAAUGCUAUUCAUAGAAUAUAAAUAAUUCUAGAAGUCACUUAAUGGGUAUUGACUAAAAUGUAGGCUUUAAACAGUUGGCAAACUUGCAGCUGUGUUUGCAGAUACUGUGGGAUUUUUGCAGCUGCAAGACUAGCAAGUCAACUACAAAUUUGACACUUUCCUCUGUCCUUGAAAUAUUGUUUUGACUCUGGAUUGAUGAAAUGGUGGGGUUUAUUUUGUUCCUUCUGUAUUUAAAAAUGAAGCACUUUCUCCCUUUUUUCUUUAGUGUUUCUAUACUAAAAUCCACUUGGUGGGAAAUCAGGUGGUUGGAACAGUUUUGAUUUUAUAUUUUAAGCAUAUUGGUGAUUUAAAGAUCUCUACCAAUACUAUCAGUUAUACUGUAAAUGGCACCUAAUGAUUGCUGGUGCCUUACUGAGGACCAAUUUUUUUCAGUGUUUCUUGUUGAACAGUGUCCCAACUGAUCUUGACAAUUUGUUGGCUUGAGGUCCUAUAAUGCAAGUAAACAGAAAAUCCCAUUUUUCUGAGAAGUUGGAAAAAAUACACACUUUCUAAAAACAAAGCCUUGGCUAGAAAAAAACGAAAGCUGUUUGAAUGAAUUUAUUGAACUAUAUAGGGUGAUCAGGAGAGGGGAAAGCAAGGUGUUAUAAUUUCUCUCUCUGUGGUGUUAGGCUUUUAUCAUUUAAAAAUAUCUGUACCACAACUUAAUGCUUCAAUAAAAGUUUGCUUAAUAAAUUGUUUCUAGUGAUGAUACAACAUCUUGCACCAUUUUUGUACUGCUUAUAUUAACCUACUUCAGCUUGAAAUCAUCCCGUGUUUUUUAACUUCUGCAGUUUAAACUUACUUUGCCUUUAGAAAGGAUAAAGUCUGUUCAGCAUAAGAUGCAUACUGGUAGUCUAAAGUGAAUUGGCAUGUGAAAGCACAAAACAAAUGAGAUGUUAACCUGCUCUGAAGUGGGUUAAACCCAUUCAUUCUAAAUAAAUACAUAUCCCAUUA